AUAUGUAAAAGAAUAAAAUUAAAAAUGGCUUGCGAGGUUUGUGAACAUUGCGAUGCUCCCAUCAACCCUGGAGACACUGCGAUCUGCGAAGGUUUCAGUUACCAUAAGGACUGUAGGAAAUGCUAUGUGUGCAGUGAAACAGACCUACAUGACGCCGAAGUGUUUAAAGGAGUUAUAUUUUGUUCAGGAUGCUCUAAGAGGAUAUUUCAAGGUUGUUCAACAGCAAGGCAGUCAAAGAAUAAAUCUAGACGCACUCGUAGAUCCAAACCUCACAGACGCAGGAUUCAACACAAUGUGAUUGAAAUAACAAGACGUAACAUUAGUGAGAGUAAAAGCUAUUCAGAUGUAGAUAAUUACAGCAAUGAAAUAAUACAAGAACGAACAGCGCAGGAUGAUACAAAAACAAUCGGUGCAAAAAAGAAAAGUGUGGGUAAGUAA